GAGUUCGACAAAGAUUUCAUUACUUUUUUUUCGGUAAUCUUUAGCAAGAAAAAUAGAAGUGGAAAUGAAUACGAAUUAUUAUUAUUCACAAUUGGUUUCGUAUUGGCCUGUAUCAAAGAGAGUUCACCAUUAUGUUUCAGUUGAAUAAAAUUAUAUCAUUGCUGAUGUCAUUGACAAAAAUAGACUUUAUAAAUUUUGGGACAUUGAUAUAGCGCUACCUUGUUUCAACUCAGAAAAGAAAACCUUACACAGUCUGUUAUAGAACAAAAAUUAUGGUUUGAAAAAGUUGUAGAUCUUUACAUAUAAAACCCAACGUCGGUGAACUACGACGUCGCUCGGGGCAUCUCGGGACACCUCUGAUCAACGUAGCUGACGUCCAGUAAUGCCUGCAUCCAUGUGUCUGAAACCGCCGUCCAACGGCCUUGCAGAUAGCCAUGGAUGGGAAGUUGGCCAUGUAUGUGAAAUCGUCGUCCACCUCUAUGACGGUGGCCCUACCUCUCGGACUGGCAGAUGACCAUUUACGGAUAACCGUCGUUGAACGGCAAAGUGGCUCAUUUCUAGGGUGGAAGGGCCUGGAGCCACCUCUCGAAACAGACGGUCAAUCAGUGGAAUUGAGUCACGAACCACGAGCGGCUGCGAACGAACGAUUUAAAUGCGGAAAAUAUGUGAAGGCUGCAAUCGGACUAUUCGAAGAGUAUUGUUGUUCAAGUACGGUUCAUGGUGUAAGAUAUUUUACCGAGAAAAAGCGUCAUUGGAUGGAAAGGGUUUGGUGGAUGUUAGCCAUUGCAUUGGCUCUGUUUUAUUGUGGAUACUCAAUUCAAAAGGUCUAUAUUAGAUGGGAUCAAAGUCCGGUUAUUGUAAGUUUUGCUGAGAGAUCGACACCAAUAUGGGAAAUACCAUUUCCAGCUGUAACGAUCUGUCCAGAAACAAAAGCUAAUACUUCACAACUAAAUUUUACUGACGUAUUUAACAAAAUGGUAUACGCGAGGAAGCCGCCAUAUAACAUUACUGACAAAGAGGACGAAUUAAUGGCGGCUGUGAUUCAAAUUUGCGACUCUUAUUUAGCAGGCUCCUUCGAAGUCGGUACAAAUUUUACAGACAGCUCGAUAACAGAUUUACUAAGAGAUACGGCUCCUAGUUCUAACAACACAUUGCCUGUCUGCAAAAUUCGAGACAUAUAUGAAGACUGUCAACCAUAUUUUCACGAAAUCAUGACCGAAGACGGGCUAUGUUUUACGUUCAACACACUGAAUGGUUCGGAGCUGUUUACCGAAGACCUGAGUCCUGAUUACACGCGAAUAAACCACAACAUGUCUGCAAAUUUUUGGAAUCUGGAAGAUGGAUAUGAAUCGUCUGCCGAAAUAGACUCGCAGACAUAUCCGUAUCGCAUAUUUGGCUCUGGUGCACAAGAUGGUAUUUUCGUUCAGAUGGUUCUGUUGAAAGAACAUUUAGAAUAUAUGUGUCGUGGUGCGGUACAAGGUUUCAAAAUUUCAUUACACACACCCGGUGAAAUACCACAGAUGUCGAAAUAUUAUUUUAGAGUGCCAUUGCUGCAGGAGGUAUUGGUGUCAGUGAAACCAAAUAUGAUAACUACUUCGGAAGGACUGAGAGAUUACGAACCAAAUAGGCGACAGUGCUACUUUGCAUCGGAGCGAAAGCUGCGAUUUUUGAAAGUGUACACUCAAAGAAACUGCGAGUUGGAAUGUCUAGCGAACUUCACAUUGAAGACAUGUGGAUGUGUAAAAUUCUCCAUGCCGAGGGACAAGGAUACACCAAUCUGCGGAGCUGCGAAAAUGAAGUGUUACCUAAAAGCAGGAAGCAAUUUGUUAAAGGAACAAUUUGCGAAACGAUUGACUCUUGAACCUGGCGCUGAAAGUGUAACAGGCUGCAAUUGCUUACCAGCUUGCACUUCGAUUACAUAUGAUGCAGAGAUUUCUCAGGCUCCAUUUGAUUGGAAAUCUCUGACUAUCGCUUACAAACUUGAUGAGGACUUUCCUGAUGUACAUUCAUCCCAGUUGUGGAUAUAUUUCAAAGAAAAUCAGUUCAUCACCUCGAAACGUUCUGAAUUGUUUGGUCCAACUGAUUUUCUGGCUAGUUGCGGUGGUUUGCUUGGACUUUUUAUGGGUGCAUCAUUUUUGAGCAUUGUCGAAUUGCUUUACUUUUUGUCAUUACGAUUGUGGUGUAAUUUACGUUCGCGCAUGCUUCGAAAACGGAAAAACAAAAUUGACGAUUCAGCAAUACCAGGAAUCGUUCGGCCAAACCUAGAUGAUAAGGAGGAGUAGAUAAAAUACGAAUUAGAACAUAAUUCUCUUCCAAUAUUUUUGUCUUAAAUUUUCGAGUUAAAAAAAAUAAAAGUUGCAAUUUCCACAU